ACUCAGGAAACGAUUAUUCAGGCUUUGGGUCAUAUAGCUAUGGGUAACAUCAAGUAUACUGAGAGCGUUUUAUCACUUUUUUACGAACUGUCUUCGCUGCUUGGUAAACAAAUUGAAGUUCAUUUUACUGUGGGGGAAGUUAUCACGUGUUUGACGACAGGAUGGGAAAGCAUAUCGCUGGGACCAUAUUUGGAUAUUUCGGAUGCUUCAAUUCCUCCUAUUAAAAUAGAACCGGGAGUUGUUGAGGGAGUCUUGAAUAAAAUAUUUAUGGAAUUACUGCCAUCCGGAAAGACUGUUGUCAAAAAGGUGGUGUGCGUGUGGAUGCUCUGCUUGGUUAAAUUUAGUUCUAAAAAUGAAACUAUCAAGAAAUCAUUGUCUAAAAUCCAUGAAGUAUUUUCUUUACUUUUAACUGAUCGAGACGAGUUUACCCAAGAGGUUGCUUCAAAGGGAAUAGGAUUGGUCUACGAAUUAGGAGAUCAAAAGGUGAAAGAGCAACUAGUUGAUUCACUGGUCUCCAUGCUCGGCGAAGGAAAACGACCAAAGGAGACCGUCGAGAACGACACCCAAUUAUUCGAUUCCAAUGUGUUAGGUCAGACUCCGGAUGGCUCAGCUAUUUCCACUUAUCAGUCUAUCCUUUCCCUGGCUUCCGACAUGAAUCAACCGGAGUUG